CGUUUGCAGAGGUUCAGAGCUGAGUGUCUCACUGGGGUUCCUUAGCUCGAGUAUUGGGUUGAAACCCUUAGGUAAUUCACAGGUGAGGUGCUGAUUCUGUGUAGAUCCAGACUCUAAGAGAAGACUGCCCAACUCGUGAUCUGAUUUUUAGUUAUCAGCUGUGGGUGAACAAAAUGACUUCUGAUUGGAUAACUUUUUAGAAUGGAAAGGGGUCAGAAAAAUAGGAGUUUCCCCACCAAAGUGACUUCUCAGUAUUUCACCAGAUUCCUCUUGGGAACUCUCCUACUGCCCCUCAUCUUGAAAACUCUAUCAAGGAGGAAGUGGGGAAGGGACACUCCAGUAUAGGACAUAUGGCUUUGAAUAAAGUAAUUGAACCUUUCUAGGCACUGAAAGGGCCAGCUAAGGUGACUCUUGGUGUUCUCCCACCUCUUAAACAGUUUGUGAUGCUGAGUCCAGCAUAUUUCUGACUUCCUGGGAAGCAGGCAGAGCCAGGCUGCCCCUGCUUCACAUCUGUUCUUAGAGGGGGUUGGGUGUAGCGGCAACCACAGGCUGGUAUGUGAUCCAGUGCCUCCCUGCUAACAUCCUGCCCCAGUCACUGACUGACUGCAUGCAUUAGGGUACUGUAAAGUGAGCCCCUGCUCUUUAAAACUUCCUUUAGGCCCUCAGAUUGGCCAUAGAGAGCACUCCACAGCAGCCAUCCACAGAAGAGCUGAGCUAUGUAGUUUCUUCAAUUGGGAACAAUUUCUCUCAUCUUGAUGAAUUGUGAAAGUGGGCUGCCUGUGUCUUCUCCCGUUAAUUUAGAUGUCCAUUUUAACACAAUCGGGGAACACCUGUACUUACAAUUGAGGUGGUAAAGUAGGGAAAUGGUCUGGAGAAUUUAAGAGAAAAAGAGACCCCCUUGUCUCAGUUUUCUGUUGAUUCUGGAUGAAAUAUCAUCUGGCUGUAUUAGAGAGUUAGUUGAAAUAAGAGUCUGACCCAUGAAUUUGAGCACAGCAGCCCUUUGAUCUGGUCCUCUUGUUGUAUGGGAGAGGGAACCGAGGUUCCACCUGGGUAAGGACUUGCUCCGACAUGCAUCCUUGUUGACAGGUAGAGCCAGCACUGGGUUUCUCUCUAUGGAAUCCCAUUGACUGCACUCAACCUCUGCUGCUGUCCUCCCUCCAUGGGGGCACAGUCUCAGAGGUGACAAUCUGUAUGAACUCUACAUUUUGGGAUUCUGAAGGACAGCAGAGUCUCCUGGUCAUCAUUUGUAUUUGGAAGCAGACUGAGUAUUGAUACCACUCCCAAGGUGUGCAACUCUGAUGGAAAGACAUGAACAGGUCAGCACAGACCUGGAAGAACUGUGCUCUGCUCAGCAGUUGUAGCCCUUGUGUUGUUUAUUAUUUUUGAUUCAAGUUUGUUCCUUUAAGAGUUACGCUUUUCAGAGCUACUGGCUGGAAGGACAGGCCUCCUUUCCUAGGUCCAAGGCCAGCCAGUUACUCCUGUGCUGAGCUCCCAUGAACUGCAGCCAAUGCCUUCUGGCUGACAAAGCAGCUUCUCAAUGGUAAGUGUUUAUGUUGCACUUUAGAUUUGCAGAGUUCUUUCCCUAAGUUGUUUCUUACCUCAUUUUGGUGGGUGAAGAAACCAGAGCUCAUCGGGGUGGUGACUGACUGGUCUAGAGUCAUCUGACCAAUUAGUGGUGAAGCUGAUACAGGGGACUCAGAGCCUCUGAGUUUCUGGGUCAUGACUUACCCAGUCAGUUACGCAGCUUCUCUAAAAUAUGUUCUUUGUCCCUCAUCAGCUUCUUUGUCCCCCUGAACUUAGCUGGCUUCUUUUAGAGUGGGCUAUAAAGCUUUCCUGUUUCAAAGCUGUAGCUUUUUCUUAUUGGUUGACCAGAAAGCUCUAAGUACCUAGAGAAACUCCAUGCUAGGCUGCUGCGAUGUGGGACCUGUCCUAGGUCAACCUGAGUUGUGGUGUGGCAGCAGCAGGGGGAGGGAGCAGGACGUUUCUAUUUGGGUUUUGGAGAAAAGAUCAAUGCCCUUUCAGGAUCAUCAAGAUUUAUGCGUGGGAAGGUGAUGAAGAAUUUACAUGAAAACAUUGGCCGUUGCUUAAAGUUGAUUAAAAAUUCAACUGAAGAGCACUAAAAAAUUUGCAUCUAAAAGUUGAGAGGUUUUUGGCUCCCUUUUCAAACUUCACCAGUUGGGACACAGAGCUAUAUUUUUACCAGUGAGGCAGAGAGACGCCAGUGAGAAUAUUGAAAACUUUGACUAUAGAAAUUCCCACAAGAAAUCUUACCAUCUGUUUAUUCUAGUCAUUUUUUUCUUCACCUUGGGCUUAAAAAAUUUUUUUAUGACUCAUUGCCCUUUUGACUUAAAUGCGUCUGUUAAUUACAGAUGCUGGAUGAGAUGAGUAUCUGUUUACCUGUCUUUACAUGAUUUCUCUGAAAAUAAAAUCUUCCCUUUGCUCCCCUCUCCAAUUGUGAAUUUAAUUAAGAAGAUGAGCAGUUGUGUUUGGAGUAUUCAAUAGUCUGCCUUUCCAAACAUUCCACACAGCCGUUUGGAUAUUGAUAAGUGUUUAUUGUAGAACUAACAAUACAGGCGAAACAGGAAGCAGCUCUUUGCUGGGUAGGAUGCUCCACUCUCCGAGGGAACGCUCUUCAGCUGACUGAAGCAGGGAAGCCGAGCCAAUCAGCGGCCGCUUUCCUAGCUCAGUCACCAGUCUGUGGUUGAGGAAGGGUUUUGCUUUUUGUGCUCUGUACUGGGAAGGCAGAUAAAAUGCCAGGUCUGGACUGCCUCUGGGGAUAACCUCACCCUGUGGGAUGUGAAUGAAUAGCAUCUUGCCUGGUGAAUCCACAGGAAUUGAUAAGGCAGGCGCAGUUUUCCCAAACAGGCCUUUUCUCUUUAAGCUCUAGCUGUGGUUUCUGCAGCAAUUUUGUUUUUGCCUUGAAAGAGGUGUUCUGGAUUAUCAGACCUCCAUGUAUGACAAUUUGUACCUGCAUGGAAUUGAAGACUCGGAGGCUGAAGAAUAAUGUGAUGUGUUACCCAAGAUGGUGUGAACAGAGCUUCAAGCCAAUGGAGAAGACUAGGCCUAAAUAGCUGACCUGGUGAAGUGACACAUAAAGCCACACCUGGAGUGCCACCUCCUCAGCAGUCUUUCUCAGUGCCAAUGCAUUUAUGGCUGGUUCAGCGGAUUCCUACACAAGCAGGCCGUCUGACUCCGAUGUCUCUUUGGAAGAGGACCGGGAAGCAAUUCGACAAGAGAGAGAACAGCAAGCAGCUAUCCAGCUUGAGAGAGCAAAGUCCAAACCUGUAGCAUUUGCCGUGAAGACAAAUGUGAGCUACUGCGGCGCCCUGGAUGAGGAUGUGCCUGUUCCAAGCACAGCCAUCUCCUUUGAUGCUAAGGACUUUCUACACAUUAAAGAGAAAUAUAACAAUGAUUGGUGGAUAGGAAGGCUGGUGAAAGAGGGCUGUGAGAUUGGCUUCAUUCCAAGUCCACUCAGAUUGGAGAACAUACGGAUUCAGCAAGAACAAAAAAGAGGACGUUUUCACGGAGGGAAAUCAAGUGGAAAUUCUUCUUCAAGUCUUGGAGAAAUGGUAUCAGGGACAUUUCGAGCAACUCCCACAUCAACAGCAAAACAGAAGCAAAAAGUGACGGAGCACAUUCCUCCUUACGAUGUUGUGCCAUCCAUGCGUCCGGUGGUGUUAGUGGGGCCAUCACUGAAAGGUUAUGAGGUAACAGACAUGAUGCAGAAAGCCCUCUUUGAUUUCCUGAAGCACAGGUUUGAUGGGAGGAUAUCAAUAACGAGAGUGACAGCUGACAUUUCUCUUGCUAAGAGGUCUGUCCUAAAUAAUCCCAGCAAGAGAGCAAUAAUUGAACGUUCGAACACCCGGUCCAGCUUAGCGGAAGUACAAAGUGAAAUUGAAAGAAUCUUUGAGUUGGCAAGAUCGUUGCAACUGGUUGUUCUUGAUGCAGACACCAUCAAUCACCCAGCACAACUUAUAAAGACUUCCUUAGCACCAAUUAUUGUUCAUGUAAAAGUCUCAUCUCCAAAGGUUUUACAGCGGUUGAUUAAAUCUAGAGGAAAGUCACAAAGUAAACACUUGAAUGUUCAACUGGUGGCAGCCGAUAAACUUGCACAAUGCCCCCCAGAAAUGUUUGAUGUUAUAUUGGAUGAAAAUCAGCUUGAGGACGCGUGUGAACAUCUAGGGGAGUACCUGGAGGCAUACUGGCGUGCCACCCAUACAACCAGUAGCACACCCAUGACCCCACUGCUGGGAAGGAAUUUGGGCUCCACAGCACUCUCACCAUAUCCCACAGCAAUUUCUGGGUUACAGAGUCAGCGAAUGAGGCACAGCAACCACUCCACAGAGAACUCUCCAAUUGAAAGACGAAGUCUAAUGACAUCUGAUGAAAAUUAUCACAAUGAAAGGGCUCGGAAGAGUAGGAACCGCUUGUCUUCCAGUUCCCAGCAUAGCCGAGAUCAUUACCCUCUUGUGGAAGAAGAUUACCCUGACUCAUACCAGGACACUUACAAACCCCAUAGGAACCGAGGAUCACCUGGGGGAUAUAGCCAUGACUCCCGACAUAGGCUUUGAGUCUGAUGAAACAAAAAAUAUUCAUCUGUUGACAAUUUGCCAUAGCAGUACUAGGAUAAACCAAUCAUCUUAACUUGGCUAACACGGCACAGUAUUUACUGUGCUAAUGGGCUGCUGUCAUUUGAUGCUAAGUAAGGGGCAAAAAAUAAAAAUUACAUUAUGCCCUUGAGUCUAGAUGGAUAUUAGAUGCCCGAUCAUAUAGAUAUUUUUAAGUGCAACAUUUACAUGAUAACAGUACAUUUUGUUUUCUUCAUAGAUGUAGACACAUCAAUUUGUAAUUUAGGGUACUUAGAAGGCACAUAUAAAAUAAUUUCCCAUGCUGGAAAUUCCAAAUGACCAGUUCCAGUUGGAACCAAUUUAUAAACCAAUUCCUGUUGGAAUUUGGGUAAAUUGACUAGAAAGUCUGCUUGAGCAUGUUGCAAUGAUUGAAAAAAAUCUUGGGAAAAAAAACCCUAAUGAUAAGAAAAUCAAAAUACCAAUAGAAACCAAAUCCAGCUUUGGUAUUUAUUUGUUGGGAGCUAAAUUUACACUUAAAGUUGGAAUGUAUAAACAUUUUAAUAUAUGUUAAUGUUGCCAGAAUGACUUUUCAGACUUACCAAAUGUAUUGAUAGUGCCAAAAAUCUCAGAAAUCUUAAUGCAGAAAUUAUAUAGUCUCCUCAGAUUUUAAUAUUUUUAUUUCUUUCCUGGCACAGCUGUUGUAUUCAAAGUGUUUUGCUUUUUGUUUAGUCAGUACUGUUAGCUUGUUUGAAGUUGGCAAAAACAAACAAGCAAAAAAACCUCAAAAUUUUUUCAGCAGUGAGAGAGAACAGUAAAGAGAAGCCCAAACAUAGCUGGUUAUAUGAAAUAUAAAAUGGGGUGUUGUUCUCCCUUUAAUCAAUCUGAUCACAACUGCAUACAUCCAGGAAUCUGAAGUCAGAUAGUAAGGAUGUGGUACCAAUCCUCCUGAGUGCAAAGCUAAACACUUGCAGAUGGGAAUUCAUCUAGUCCACUUAACACAAACACAGGGUCAGUAUUUCCCGCCAACACGAUGGAGUAUCUUUCCAUUACUUCUCUCAGUCUCUGUCUUUGGAUAUCUGAAUGUUCUGGCCCUUCAACAAAUUCUUUAAAUCAUGCUGAGGAUUUUUGUUUUAUGUGGACACAUUCAACUUUGAUGUUCAAGAGGUGUUUUUUUUUGUUUUUGUUUUUUUUACAAAGUGACUAAUUGAAAAAAGUUAAAACAAAUGAUGAUUUUAAAAGCUUGCAGCAAAAAAUAAACUCAUAGAUUCAGAAAAUAUUUGUUAACUAAAAUUAUAGCAUUUUUAAUGCAGAAAAUUAUAAAGAAUUUGGAGUUUGAGCUGCCUUAUUUCUUCUAAUGAACACUCCUCUUCAUCUUAUUAAGUCUUCACAGUUUUCCAAUGGCUAUGAUUAUGGAAUUGGUGACCUAGGUUUUAUAUUAUUAAGGAAGACUUAGAUUCACUAUGAUCCAAGAAAUUAUUGAAAUUGACCCUUUUUACACAAAUGUCUUUGAAAAAAAUAACUCUUGUUUCUAAAGGUCUACAAUGCAUGCAUUUUCUAAAACCCCAAUAAAUCCAGGCAUAAAAGUCCUUUUCUGCUAGUACAUGUCAUGAAGCCUAUUUUUGAAAAUAAUGAUAAUUAAUUUUAUAUUCUGUUUUCCCCAAGCUUGUCAAUAUUUAGGCACUCAAAGCAUGCACCAGUUCAGUAAUCUUCUUGACCAUGGAAAUAAGUUCCAUAUUAUUGAUUAGCUAUACAUAUCUUGAACCCCAUUACAACCUCACCACAUGCCCCCUGCCUUUCUGUUCACUGUAUGUACCCCAUUAUGAACCUGUUUAGCUGAUAAUGAGGAUACCUAUAAUUCUGUAAGUCAUUUCAAAUAUUUGAUACAAUUAAAAAAUAUGGGCUUAGUAAAUUUUAAAAGUUAACAUGUGAUACUGGCUUGUGAGAUUCUUCUGUCAUCUAGUGAAGCUUAUAAAACUUUCAGUUAAGACAUUUUAAAAGAGUUAUAUCCAUUAGGCACUUUAAUAAACAUAUAACCUGCCAUUACUGAAUACUUUGCUAGAACACAGAAGAGCAUCUUCCAGCAAACAAAAAUAUAUUUAUUACAUGUACAGCACAUACUUGCAUGAGAAAGAAAACAUUAGCCAAAACAUUUUUCUAUAUGCUUUGCUGGUUUCUUGUUUGUGCGCAUUAAAGUAUUUAAUUGCAAAGAGUGCACCAAGGUGUAUAAAUUUAGACUAGACAGCUGUUCAGCUUUUUCUGUAGUAGCAUUAGCAAUUUGGUCAUUUAACUACUUUAAGAUAUUUAUAUUUUAUGGCAGGUAGCUGUAACAGCAUUUACAUAUAUUUCCUAGUCAUCAAGAUUACCAUCUUCUUUCAACUUUUUUAAAGUCACUUGUUUUUAAAGGCCUCUCAAAGCCUUGUUUCCAGUCUUCCAUGUCAUGCUGAUAAAGAGAGGCUCAUUCAAUAUCUGUGCACAAAACCAAUCUAUUAUUUACCAUCAGAUGUCCAUACCUGUUUUGCUUUCCAUUCUUAUUCAAAAGCAAACAAUCUUGGAAAGGGUAUAAUGUCUAUUUUAUUGAUGGAUACAUUUAAAUGUUUACUUUAAUUUGGCAUAUUGUUUCCCCUUCCUUCUGCAGUAAGUUUAUCUUCCUCAAAUAAGGGAUAUACAUCUUAUUUUUUUUAAAGAUUUAAGAGUUUAUUGUGUAAAUGAUACUUAAAAUCUAGAUAUAUACUAAAUGAAAAGUUUUAUUUUUUGCCAAGCACACCAAGCACCUUUGAAAAAUACAUAUUCCAUAAAUACUUUGUUUUUAAUUAAUUUUAUUUAAAGAUAAAAAAAUAUAAGCAGGAAAAGCAAGUCUUUUACUGUUUUGAAGCUGUUUUACAGCAUAAGCCACAUACUAGAAUUCUGUGAUUUCAGUUACAGACAUAUAACAAUGUGGACUCAUGUAACAGUGUAGAAAUGUAGUACUGGAAAAAAGGGAAUGCAAUUUGUCAAUCCUGAUGUUAACUCUCAAGGGUAUAAUGUGACUCUAAUAUUAUAACCAACAACAUUAUCUUGUUUACCAUUUAAAGCAACACUUAGAAUUGUUUAUAAAUGAUGAUUCUCUCUUAUCUUUAUACAGUUCCAUUGGAGAGAAGGUUGAAAUUGCUAACAAUUUAGACUGAUGAUCUUUCCUAAUAAGAAUCUUAAUUUUGUGACUACAUAAGUCGUUGCAGUUAAUCUUUAAUGAAAUGAAUUUUACUAACGUGAAACAAAUCCUGAGACAAUUAUUUGUUCCCUUUAAAUAAUUUGCUAUUUAAUUAUUGUUGUUGUUUGCAAAAUGUAUUUUUGGAAUGUUAACCUCUUUUCAUACCUGCAUACUUGAACUUGUCUUUUGUGUGGGGGCCUUAAAAUUCAUAAUAGGAAGUGGAAGCAGUGAAAGGAAGUAAGGAAAGGAAAUUAUGCCAAAAGAUGUUUGCAAAUUUAAACUCUUUAAAUGAACAUAUCACAAAAUGUUGUUAAGACCCAGGAUGUCCAUUAAGAAUGUUUCUUGGCAACCUUAAUUUGCAUGUUAGUAUAUGUUUUCUUAAACAGUUGUAUUUUGGUAUUUGCUUUAAAAAUGUGAUACCACUAUAGAAAUUACCCUAUGUAUGGAUAUAUUUACUACCUCUUCUCUAGAGAAGACAAUCUGUCUUUAAAGGGAAAAACACCUGUCAAUAAGUAGUGAUCAAAUUUCUUACUAUUCUGGCUAACCUUGCUGCAAAGCUAAAUGCAUAGAGUGUUAAAAAUACGCCUUCCCUUUAGAUUUCAAACUGUUUCCAAAAUGCUCUUGGCACCCUUUUUGUUUCUUCCAUGUUAGCAAAGUUUUCUUGAAUUGGUUCACAGCUUAUCAUGAGGCAAGGUUAAUUUAACAGAUAAGUCAUCAUAGGGAACAGAAACUGCAAGGGGAUUGCCUUUGUGUGCAACUUGUUAUAAUAUCUAGUUGUAAGUCUAAAAGAAAGUAGAGGUCCAGAGACUUUAUGUUUAAGAGCAGCUGGUUUGCAAAUUUACAUUUUGUUGAUCCUUGACUUAUACAGAGACCCAGAGCAUGACUUAGCCAUUUACUGGGUAAGGAUGUGCAUUACCUUGGACUCCCAUGUAAUUGGAAUAAACUUCAUAUCAAUGUUUCAAAUAAAUGCUAUGUACCCCUUAUUCCUUUUAUAUUUCUGCCUUUGUCUUUUAUGACAAUGUUGCAUGUUUUUUUUUUAAUUAUAUAAAACUCAUCCUUGAAUGACUAUAUGAAUGAAAACUCUAUAGGAAAUUAUGUAAUAAAAUCUGUUUUAUUAGUUUCUCAUACCUUUAAAUACUGUCAAUACUAUAACUGUUACUAAGUUACUUACUCAAGCUGUGUCUAUGGGGCAGAGAACAGUCUUCUUUAAAAUGACAAUCAUGAUCAAACCAGUCAAGUCAAUUAGCUGUUAGACAGACAAUAAGGAUGACCUUCUUUUUGACUUAAGCAGUCAAGUUAGUCAAAAUAGUAAAAUUGGCUCACAUAGAUACCCAGAACAACAGCAUUCAAAAAUUACUUUUAAAACGUUUUUUCUUUUAUUAAAAUGGCCUUUCUUAAAUGAAAUACAUCCUUUGAUAUCAACUAUCUCUUUUAACUUGUAGAUCAUUAAUUCUAAAUGCUUCAUGUAAUUGAGGGAUAUUAUGAGAAGACAAAGUAUCUCAUCAGAUAAUCCUAAGGGUUGUAACUUCUACUUGCCAUAAACAAAGUAUAAUUAAGAGUGAAUAGCAAUUGGUUUGGGGGAGUCAUAGUUAUAGAUGAAACUUUCUUUUGUUUCUCAUGAUAUACCAUUUGCAAAAGGAUGGUAGAAAAUGUUACUGAUGAAUUUAGAGUGGUUUGGGAGAAUAUACUGAUACUUCCUCAUUUGAAAAUUAUAAGGAGUGAAAAGGGGAACUAAGAACCAGUAGUGGCUGGCCUCUAGCUUUUCAAUACUUCGUAAGUGUUCUUGGUUAUGUUUUGAACACUUAAAUUUCUCAACCAAUGGCAGUGUCUAUAUUUAUGUAGGGGCCACUCUUGCCCUACUUGCAUGCCACUUUCACACACUUUUAACUGAAAUCAGUGUGAAUUCUGUAUGCAUAAGGGAUGUAUUAAAGAUGCGGGAUCAUUAACACUAUAUUGUUGCAUACUAUUUUUCAUAUGCCUUACAAUAUUUUCUGGGACGUUAUUAAAAUGAAAGCAUUUUAUUGCCAAAAUAAAUCUAUGUUGUUACUUAUAAUCUGCAUUAGCAGUAGAAAAAUAAUGUAGCAAAGACAUAUAUUGUACAGUACAAAAUUAUAAAAUAUAUAUUUUGCCAAUAUGAAAAUAGGUUGAGGAGAAAGAAGCACAUUUGUUAUAGCACAAACUUAUAACAAAAUCCACUGUUAAAUUUGGCGGUCAUAUUUUUUAAGAGUAUGUCCAUUUAGUUCUAAGUUUUAUCAGAUUUACUUCAUCUAUCAUCUUUUAAACUUGCUGCUUGAUACUUUUCUGGGAAUUUACUUCAUAGCCUUGCAAUCUGUGGAUGUAAUUUCUUUUGUUUUAUUCCCUUCCACGAAACUUAUUAAAUUUUAUUUUGUGAUAACACUCAUACUAUAUUUUCUCUUCUUAUUUCUUCUCUUUCAAUAGCGACAGAAAGUCACAGCAGGUGAGCUCAUAGGGCUCCUCUGAAUUUUGGACAUGUUUGAAAUGUUCAUAUUUUUCACAGCCUCAAGUCAGAAUGAUCAAUACAGAUGUCCCAGCAACAACAAAAUUAUAUUAGUGAUUCUUUCAUUUGUUUUGUAUGGAAUACUACUUUGACACAUAAGUUAAAGCCAUUAGCUGUGUUUUUGAAGGGAUGGUGGGUGAGAAUAAAAAUAAAUGUAUUAACAUAAAACAUGCUAAAUCAGAAAUAUGGCAAAAUGAUGUAAAACAAUUUUUCCUACUAUUCUGAGGGCUGUUGAAAUCCCAGGCUAUUGCUAUAUCUCCAUUGACAAAGUGGGAUCAAAAAUGCCUUUGUCAAAUAAUUUUCUUUCUUUCUUUCUUUCUUUAAAUUUUAGUUAUUUAUUUUAAGAACUUGUCCCCUUUUAUUUUUCUGAUAUAGGUAUGUGUAGCAUUCUACAAGGCAUGCUGGGUAAAAUAUACUAUGCAAAUGUGUACAGUGCUGCAUGCUUUGUUCUCCCUCUGCUCUAGUGGCUUUAAA